AUGGCCUUCCUCUCCUGCGACUCCGCCAUCACGCUCGCCACCCGGAACGGCCAAUCUCAUAUCGAAUGGUUCAAGAUUGGCGUCAGUACCGCAGACCGGGUCGUCCAGUCUUGGUCGUCUUGGAUGCAGCGUGCCAAUCCUUACGACAGACGCGGUCGCCUCAAAGCUUUCUGGCGAGAGAUCAUCCAUUUUCUGGGUAAGUAUGAGAUAUACAUUACAGCUGAAUUGAUGUUGCAAAUUCAGGAGGUUGAGGAAGGAUCAAUCGACGUGGCAAAGUUCAUUGACGAUGACGAGCUGCGUAAACAAGAUGAACACAAAUCAAACCAAGACCACCUUGAUGAACAUUGGGGCACCUCUAGUUCACUAAAGCCUGCCGAGGCUGAACCUGCAGCAGAAAUGAAUCACGAGGUCAAGUCCACCCCAAUCAAGGUCGAAAUCGCCGAGUUUCCAAACGCGUCAAACAAGACCGGGCCACUGGACAUCGUUGCCCCCACAAAGUAA